CUUAAGACGCGUUUAUAAGAACUCGGCUGAACAACAGAAAAUAUCAUGAUGACUCGGUUUCUAGAUGAUUAAUCCGAGCUCAGUUUCAUCUUUCAGAGGUUACCAGUGAAACUAAAGGAAUAUAUGAAGCGAAUCUUGAAGUUUUCAUUCGGAGGAAGUUGGCAUGUUGGAUUUGUCUACUCUCUGUGCAUGCUGUCUGCUGUAUAACAUGUGUCCUGCAUGCAUCAUCAUUUUCAUCUCAGCUGCAUGCUUCUGUCAGACCUGAGUUGACUUCAUGCAUCCUCCAUUAACACGACCAUGGGCAAAAAAUGUGAUAACAAUAACCCUCAAAUUCUCUCCUCCAAGAAGGGCCCUACCUGCCACAAGCGUAGCUGCUGUGUGUCCAGAGCCUGCGCUGAUCUGUGGCGUGACGUGGAGCAUCUCCGCACCGCAUUAGAGGUGGAGCGCAGUCGUAACAAGCAGGCUCACCGUCGCUUCUCCCUGGAGCUCCGGAGGCAGCGAGAGGAGGCGCGAGAGGAGCGGGAGCAUGCGCUGAGAGCGCUGACUUACAGACACGAGCAGCAGAGGGCGCUGGAGCUGCUGCAGCAAAGAGAGACGCUGGGCCGAGAGCGCAAGGCAGAGGUUCAGCGUCUGCUUCGCUGGCAGGGUCAGGAGAGGCAACAGGCCGAGAGAUCCGUGCUCAAACGGACCCAAGAACUUCAUUGUCAUUUAACAGAAGAGAUUACUGGGAUCCGUAAAUCAGGGAUCCGAGACAAACAGGGUAGUCGCAGGGUAUCCGCGAGCGAACCUGGAUGUAAAGGUAGCGGCGCAGCGUACCGUAAACUUGAGGAACUUUUAAAGUCGCUGCUUGCGCAGGCCGAUGGUGAGCAGGUCACUUUGCUUCAACACCUCCAACAGGAAGUGGAUCUAGAGAAGAGCUACUUCCUGUGCCACCUACUGCAAGCCCACAGCUUCCAUUCCCAGGUGGAACACAAAGGGUGCAUUGUAAAUCGGACCAGGCCGAGGUCAAAGAGUUGCGUGCAACUGCUGAGCGGUGACAUCUCGCAAGGCCAAGACCACCCAGAAUCUUCUAGGACAGGAAAGCUUGCUCUGUUUCACUCUUGCUCACCCCAAAGUGUCGCUCCACCACCUAUGAAGAAAAAGAAGGAGAAGGACUUUGAAACACCUCCUCUCAGCUCCUCUCCAGUGGAGGAAGAGGCAUCCGAGGGAGUUCUCUCAGGAGACUUUUCUCAACCUUGCUCACCAGAAAAGUGGGACCCUCAACGUUCUAGCUGGUCGGAGACCACAUCACCAGAGAAGUGCUCAACGUCCAGAUGUCCAGAGGACAAGAUGGAGGAUCUGAAUGGCAGGGAUUACGGGUUGCUGGUGCGGCAGAACUCUGAGCUGCUACGCGCGCUGGAGGAGACGGAGAAAACAUGUGCCGCUCUCAGAGAGGAGAACAGGAUACUUCGGAAGAGCAGUUCUCCAGAAACAGAGGAGAAAGUGAAGAGAUUGAGGAAGAAGAACACGGAACUCGCCGUCAUCGCCAAACGACUGGAGGAGAGAGCGCGGAAACUGCAGGAAGCCAACCUGAAAGUGGUAAAUUCCCCCAUGCCCGUUAAAGUGGGCACUGUGGAGCAGUACAAGCAAGCAUUUGCCCGUCAGAGAGCGAGAGAUCUGGCGCAGCACGCAGACACGCUGCUGUCUAAAGACAAACAGAUUGCAUCGCUGCAGCACGAGUGCAGACAACUUGAAUCACGACUGGGACAGGGGAAGGGUCCUGUGGGAGUGAGUGAGUUUGAGCGUCUGUUGAAGGAGUCACAGAAGGAAGUGUUGCGUCUGCAGAGACAGCUGUCUGUCACCUCCAUCAGAGAUCAGAGCAGUGCGACAGUAGAGACCCCUGCAGGCAGAGAGACAGACAGAGAGACGAGGGUUGCAUUUGAAGCCCCGCCCACAGUAGUAGAUGAGGACCCUUUUAAGGGGGAGGAGACUCCUGGAGAGGGGGUGGAGUCAGAAACACAAGUGAAGCCCGAUCAGGGCACAAGCCACGCCCAAAAGGUAGAGCAGACCGCAGAAAAACGUCUUCAUUUGCUGGAAAGUGAGCUGGGUAAGAAGAGGAAAGAAUGUGAAUCUCUUGAGCAUGAAGUGAGAAAGAGACAGAAACGAUGUCUCGAUUUGGAGAGUCAGCUAGUGGAGGAGCGCAGCAGAAAUGAGCGUUUAGCGGAGGAGGCAGAACUCCUCAGGAGGAGAGCUCAGCUGCUUCAACAGUCUCAGAUUGAAAAUGACGAGCUAAAGGAACAGCUCUCAGAUUUGAGCGCUCAGCAUAGUUCAGUUCUGGAGGAGAACCAGCUACUGCGAGCAAAGCUGGAGAACCUAGAGCAGGUCCUGAAGCACAUGCGAGAGGUGGCCGAGCGAAGGCAGCAGCUGGAACUGGAGCAUGAACAGGCACUGGCAAUCCUCAAAUUCAAACAAGAUGAGAUCAAACGACUGCAGCGGGCUCAGUUAUUUGCUAAGAGAGAACAUGAAGGUGUCGUACAAAUGCUGGAGGAUCUGGUGCAGCUUGUAUUGCACAGAGAGCUGGCAAAAGUUCGGGAGCUUGAGGACAAAUGCCGCAGUCAGAGCGAGCAGUUCGGUUUGCUCUCACAGGAACUGGAUAAAUUCCGGGUUCAGGCGUCGAAAAUUGACCUGUCGGGAGCCGAACUGCUGUCCGGCCCCAGUCUGACCCAGCUGACCAAUGGCUUGCCCGGUGUGACUGAUGUGGCUGCAGUGUUGCGUUCAGGCUCGACUCCUCAUGCAGCCGAACUCUCUCGUCCUGAGCGCAUGCCAACCACCAAACACAGAGAGCUGCCUGCCAUCAGUGUGAAGUCUGGCUCCUCCUCCAGCCCCACACCACCCAAAUCUGAGACCACACACCUGUCCCCAAAAUCUGCAGGCUCUCAACCGACCAGCCCCCGAAAGGCCAGCCCUACACAUGAUGUGGACACAGCUAGUGAAGUUGAAGAACUGGAUAUUGAUGUUUCUCCAGCGCCGUAUGUGAGCAAAGGAGCCGCUAAACUCCAGGUGUUCAUCGCACGUUACAGCUACAACCCUUAUGAUGGCCCUAAUGAUAAUCCUGAGGUGGAGUUACCACUCACAGCAGGAGAGUAUAUUUACGUCUAUGGAGACAUGGAUGAUGACGGCUUCUAUGAGGGUGAACUGAUGGAUGGGCGGAGAGGCCUUGUUCCCUCCAACUUCGUGGAGCGUGUGUCGGACGACGACUUCAUGAGCAUCCACCUUCAUCAGACUGGCGAUAUGUCCCAUAAUUCCUUCCAGGAGAGCAGUUUUCACAGCGGUAGCGAGCGGUUACACCAACACAACCACCUGCGUUUUGCCCACAGCUCCUCUGAGCGGACUGAGACCUCCACGACAGCAUCGGCUCCAGGUGACAACAGUAAAGCUAACACUUCCACUCCUGCGCUGAACGCCCCCCUCACCAACGGCUUGGAUCUGGAUCUAGAGGAAGUGGGGGUGGACACCGUGCCUUACCCCCGCAAGCUUACGCUAAUCAAACAGCUCACCAAGAGUAUCAUCAUCGGCUGGGAAGCGCCGCUUGUACCGGCGGGCUGGGGUUCUGUGUUUAGCUAUAACGUCUACGUUGACCACGAGUUGCGAGUCAACGUGCCGUUUGGAACACAAACGAAGGCCGUUUUGGAGAGGCUGGACUUGGCACAGAAGUCAUAUCGGAUAGCGGUGCAGAGCUUGACAGAGCGCGGGAACUCAGAUCAGUUACGUUGCAGUAUACUUGUUGGCCAAAAUGUGCGUGUGGCGCCGACGCAACUGCGCGUUGAAUGCGUAACUGCUACCUCGGCCAGCCUGACCUGGCUGCCUAGCAACAGUAACUAUGUGCACAUUGUGUCUUUGAACGAUGAGGAGUGCGAGCUGGUAAAGGCGGGAAGCUAUUCACUGUGCCUCAGUAACCUCACUCCUAACCUGCAUUACCGCAUUAAAGUAGAGGCCCGGCCGCACCGCACAGCCUGGGAGCUACCACCGGAGUGCCGAGAACGCAAAACCGCCGUGACCUCUUUCACGACCCUUACUGCAGGUCCUCCUGAUGCACCUCUGGACGUGCAGCUGGAGCAGGGCCCGUCUCCAGGAAUCGCUCAGAUCAGCUGGCUGCCCGUUACCAUAGAUGCCGCCGGGACAUCCAAUGGAGUCCGAGUCACUGGCUACACCAUCUACGCUGACAAGAAGAAGGUAUUAGAGGUGUCAUCACCCACAGCAGGCAGCGCUCUGAUUGGUCCAUCUCAGAUCCAGAUAUUACAGGCGGCCCAUGAGCUCACCGUACGCACAAUGUCAUCGUUCGGCGAGUCGGUGGAUUCUUUACCUGUGAAUGUUCCUGUAAAACUGCCUGCCAUCAUGUCCGGUGGCUCUCUGCCUCAGUGCCAGUCUGUGCCAGCUACCGCCUGUGUCCUUGCGGCUGAUGCCAACCCAGAGCCUCCUGUAUGUGCCACGUCUCUUUCUGCUGCCAAAACUCCUGUCCUGCCACAUGCUGCUGUACUAGAUGAACACACCACUGGUCCAAUGAGGGGAGUUUACAUCAACACACCAAAAGCAGUCGCUCGUGAUGCGCAUCUGCCUGCUGCAUCCUACGUAGAAGCCUGGGCAAACCCAGCGUCAGUUGCCCCACUCACUGUUGCCACGGCAGCUCAGGAAGCACCAUCACUGUCUGCUUCUCAUGCUAACUCAUCAGUAAGUGCAACUGUAGACAUGCCAGUGCCCAUUGCCACAGCAGCAUCCAUGGCUGUGCCCGCUCCCUUGACCAUGCCAGCACCCAUGCCCACUCAAGUAUCCAUGGCAGUGCCUGUGUCCAUGGCUGUACAACCACCCAUGGCAAUGUCAGCGGCCAUGCCCGCUACUGUUGUUGUACCUGCAUCAGUACCAGUGCAGUCCAUUGUGGCCCCCACUGCACUGAACCCCUGUAAAGAGACAGACAGUCCCGGUGCCCAGCGUCCUGUUGCCUCCCUCUCCGACUUUCUAGAGGACCCCCUUGCCAAACUUCACACGCCACCACCCAGUUCCACCACACCCAAAGUCAACAUCCCUGGGAAGGACCCUCUUGAUGUGCCAGAUACGCAUCCACUGAGGCCUCCCAAUCCAUCACCCUUCGAGUCGGAGCCUGAGGAGGACAGAGAGAACACCAGGCUAGUAUCAAUGGAGGAGUUCCUGCGGCCUGUACCUCAACCACGAAUAAAGGUGUAUGCUGGUGGUCUUAUGGACCCUCCUCCAGACUACCAUGGAGAGAGCAGUCGAUCCGACCUGUCUGACAUCCUGGAGGAAGAGGAGGAAGACCUGUACUCUGAGCCUAUCGUUGACAACCCCUUCAGAGGUUACAGUACAGCUCCAACAGGCAGGUCUGAAAUGUGGGAACCUGACAGCGAUGAAGAGAUUUUGGAAAGGAUUAUAAAGCUCCCUCUUCAGGCCUACCACAACAAGCAGCUAUUUAGCAUCCCAGAGGUCACAGAAGAAGAAGACAGCACCGAAUCGGAGCCCCACACUAGACCAUCUCCAGGUCGGACUGCCUCAGGCAAGGGCCACUUAUGUGGACAUGAAGUUCAUCAACAUUCCCCCAACAAAACCAGAUCCGAAUUGCCUGUAGUGAGGUACAGAGGGACGGUUCCGGUCAGAACUCGACCUAGAGUGCACUAUGCUGACACGGUGGACACCAUUAAAUAUCUUGAUGACGAAGAUGUGGAGUUGGACUCGGAUAGUAGUCUGUACGCUGGGCCUAGCACUGGGAGUCAACAUGUCCGCCGCACACGGCACAAAGGCCAUGGCGAUCAACUUAGGAGAGAGGCCCUACUCCGUAACCAUAUGACGUCUGACCUUGCUGGGGUCGCAGGGUCAUCAGGAGCAGGGCAGGGACCGUAUUUGAUUAGCAAGACUGUACACCGCGUAAAGUCGCCCACUGGAACCUCAUCCGAGAUUGACGUAGAAUACGGAACCGAUAACGAUGAGGAAACUCAGGUCUUUGAUCCUGGAGAGGUGGUGCUUGAGCAGAUGAGCGCGGAGUGGUGGGUGGAGGGUGGUAACCAUGACUACCACCACCUGCCCCUGACAAGCAGACCUCAACCAGAGCUGCCCACUAGCAACCGCUCAUGGGAGUCAUCGGGCAGAGAAGCAUCACUUGCAGGUGCAGCAUGGUGCAGCCCAUGUGAUGUCACUCCGAAAUCGACACGCUCUGGAAUUAGACUGCCAAGAGAGUCCAGGGCACCUGGAGAAAAUGAGGUGAGGAUCUUUGUUGCUCUCUUCCCAUAUGACCCAGCUGUGAUGUCACCCAAUCCUGACGCUGCAGAAGAGGAACUUCCCUUUAAAGAGGGACAAAUUAUUAAGGUUUAUGGGGACAAAGAUGCAGAUGGUUUCUACCGUGGUGAGGCAGGUGGUCAUCAUGGUUACGUGCCGUGUAAUAUGGUUUCAGAGAUCCAGGUGGAUGAUGAGGAGACCAGAGACCAGCUCCUGGUGCAGGGUUUCCUCUCCACGGAGGCGUCGAUGGAAAAGAUAGACGCCCGCUUACAUGCACAGCUUCCACGCCGCCCCGCUCCACCGCCGAAACCUAGACGCUCCAAGAAAGUGGAGUCUGCAGUGGUGUGUGAGGACACGUCUGUCAUUGUUUCCUCCAGUCAAGAUCUCAGCCACUCAGCCGCCCCGAUGGGAAGUUCUAGACCGUGCAGGAUGGUGGCCGUCUUUGACUAUGACCCGAGAGAGAGUUCCCCAAAUGCAGACAUAGAGGCUGAGCUGACCUUCAGCGCGGGUGACGUCAUCUAUGUGUUUGGCGACAUGGACGAUGAUGGAUUCUACUAUGGUGACCUUAAUGGACAGAAAGGUCUUGUGCCAUCCAACUUCCUGCAAGCUUUUCCAGAGACUGAGGAGGAAGCUGUAAGGACAGAACACACAGAGAGCCACAGAGAUUCACAGGUGAGCCAGUGUGAAUCUGAUCCCAUCAGCUCCAUACAACUAGAAGCGGUUCCACCGGCCCAGGCAGAACCAAACCCCGAUCCGAACCCUGAACCAGACUCUGAGCAAAAACCAAACCCAAGCACCUCUCCACCCGAGACCCCCACCUUCUCCGACAGCUCUCUGUCUCUGCCUGAGAAAAAGAAGAAAGGCUUCUUCUCUAAAGGCAGGAAGCUCUUCAGAAAGCUGGGCUCCAGUAAGAAGGACUAGAAGCAACAGGCUGUUACAAUGCAGGAUCUGCAGAUUGCACUUUUUCUUGUUAUGUCGGGUUGAGUGUGUGUGUGUGUGUACGGGUAUGUGAUAUGGUUUUAUGCUGGAAUGAUCGGAGAAUGUUCCUAAUUCUCAGAUUUUUGCCAUGAUGACACAGAAUGACCAGCGCAUUUGUGUGUCUGACUCUUCGUUCUAAAAAACAAGCAAAUAAUUUAAAUACUCGUAUAAAUAGCGAAAUGGUUGUACUAUUUAACCUAGAUAAAGCUGUGACUAAGGCUUAUGCCUGUUAAAAAGCUUUGCAUUAGUUAAAAAAAGAAGAAUGACUGUCUUGUAAAAAGAUACCAAAAUAAAUUGAUUUUGCAUAUUUAUGCGUAAAUGACACCAAGUCAUGCUGAGUUGGAUAAAAGCAUCUAGUACUGAACAUCAUCUGCUAAUAUUCACAACCAUCUUUCGCUGAAAGGCAAAGCACACUUAUAUGGAGAGAUGUUGACUUUGUAAAUCUAUUGGUAGAAUGAUAUCAUGUGGAUGUUUGUCCCUAGAAUUUGUGGAAAAUGAAGUGAAAGAGAAUGACAACAUUUUUUGCACUUCAAGUAGGGUCCAAGACUGCAGAACUGUGUCCCUUUCCUGUUUUAUUUUGGUAGCGUUAACUGGUUAAGGCUAGAGGAUGUGACGUUAAGACCGCAGUAACUUGUUUUCUUUUCUUGAGACUUUUACAUUUACUCUGAUUGAAAUAGCAGAGAUUAAUUUUUACUGGACAAAAUCUGAACUGCAAGGCCAAAAGCUUCUGAUUUGUGUGGUAGUACAUGGCACUUACAGUUGAAUUAAAAUUUUCAGCAGUUUCAGGAUAAUUCAGUUGUAGUUCAACAGCUUUAAACUUAAAGGAAUAAUCCGGGUUCAAUAGAAGUUAAGCUCAGUCCACAACAUUUGAAGCAUAAUGUUGAUCAUCACAAAAAAUAAUUUCCACCCGUCCCUCGUUUAUUUAAAAAAAGCAAAAAAUGUGGUUACGGUGGGGCACUUACAAUGAAUGGGGCCAGUCCAUAAGUGUUCAAAUUAGAGCUGAUUAAAAAAUGUUAUCAAAUUGAUUACAUGAUGUGCCGAUUGAUUAAACGGAUUAAUUGCAUAUAUAAAUAUUUAGUGAGAAAGCCCCUCAAAUAACAAUAAUUCAAUAUAUAAUGAUGAAAUAUUUAUAAAUAGUUAUAUUUAAAUCAUUACAAAUAACAUAUAUAUAUAUUCAGUUGUGCUCAAAAGUUUGCAUACCCUGGCAGAAAUUGUGAAAUUUUGGUAUUGAUUUUGAAAAUAUGACUGAUCAUGCAUGUCUUUUAUUUAAGGAUAGUGAUCAUAUGAAGCUAUUUAUUAUCACAUAGUUGUUUGGCUCCUUUUUAAAUCAUAAUGAUAACAGAAAUCACCCAAAUGGCCCUGAUCAAAAGUUUACACACCCUUGAAUGUUUGGCCUUGUUACAGACACACAAGGUGACACACACAGGUUUAAAUGGCAAUUAAAGGUUAAUUUCCCACAUUUGGGCCAUUUGGGUGACUUUUGCAUGA